AGCGUUUUACAAGCGAGUUGCCUCCUGCGCGCGUGUUCGUACGAGCGCGCCAGACAGUCGGCCUCUUGUGCAGCGAAUAGAAAUAGAGAAACGAACAAACGGAUUACUUUACAGCGAAUUAGAUUGCCCAUGUCGUCCUCUCCCGGAGGCGGAGGAGCACGGCGGCGGCACACUCGCCACUCCGAGCGAUUCACAGCGCGACGCCUUUCGCAACCGACCUGUCAGUGGCAGGGUGGAGGACGUGGAGUGCGAGGAGGAGGGCAGCGAGGCCUCGGAGGCGCCGGAGGGCGGCGCCACCUCGCCCGUCACGCCCACCAUCGACACCAUUCUGUCCUCGCUCAGUUGGGCUGACCAGGUUGAUGCCAUGGAGUCACUAGAAGAGUUGCGACAUCCUGGAAGGGUUUUGCACAUCCACGAGAAGCUGUCAUCGCCCUCAAGGAAACGCUCCUUGUCUGAAAAAAUGAGGCGUCACGAGGAGAAGCUGGCCAAAGCUCAGGAAUUACGGGAGAAGCUUAUCCAGGCAAAAACUGAUAAGCUUAAAGAUUUAUUCAAGAAGAUUGAAGAAGUCCGUCAAGAUAAGGAACUGCUUCUGGGUGAGAAGAGAGACCUGUUCCAACGAAAGAUGAAAAGAGCCGAAGAGAAGAGACGACAGCACUUGCAGGAGAUCAUAAACAAAGCUCAUGAUGAGGAAAAUAAAGCAAAGGAAAUUGCUUUCAUUAAUGGGCUAGAAGCUAAGAAUAAGUUGCAUGACAUUAUGCAACAACAUCAGAGCCAUGAAUCUCGUUUGGCUGACAUGGCUGAGGAGAGAACAAGAAGACAGGAGGAAAAGGCAGCAAAGGAAAUGGCAGCUCAGGAGAGAAGGAGAGCUCUUGAAGCAGAGAGACAGGCUCGUAUGGCUGAACUUUGUGAGAAGCGGAGAAGACGAUGUGAACGCAUAGACCGGAGACAGGCUGAACGGCGAGAGGAGUUGCUGGAACAAGCGAGGGAGAAAGCAAGAGACCGAGAGGAGAGAUUGUCUGCACUUCAGCAAGCACAACAAGCAAAGGAGACUGAGUUGGUGAAGAAGAUCCAGCAGAAGCAAGAGGAGUCAGCUCGACGGCAUGAGGAAAAUAUUGAGCAGAUUCGUCAGCGGGCACUUGAGUCUUCCAUCAUGAAGUAUUCCAGAGGCUGUGAUGAUGCACCCAAACUCAUCAGAUAUGAAACCAAAAAGCUUUGCACUCUCUGUAACUCCCUGAUAACAAGUGAAGUAUAUUUGUUGAGUCACCUGCGCGGCCGACACCACCAAGAGGCCCUAAGAGCACUUCACCAGGGCGGCGAUAUUUCCAACGAGGACAGUGAAACCUAUAAUCUCAAACACAUCAUAGAUGCCCCGGCCAAUAUUGAUGAUCCACAGGUUACAAGAGACAAAGAAAGACAAAAAGCCUUGAAGCGAAGAUGCAAAAAAAUCCGCACUCGGAUGACGACUAGAGGCAAGGAGUAUGAGACUACUUUCAAGCCUGCAACAUUGAAGGACUCUCCCAAUAAGUUGCGCAUAAUGAAGGCCCUGCAACAAAUUGUCAAGCUCGUUGCAAACCAGGGAUCUGGGCCGUGGCUCACUGCUGAUUUGACCGCCUUAGACAGACCACUGUUGGAGCUCCUGAGAAUACUAGAGAAGAAAGAGAAGCUUGAUCAGGCAAUGUUCAGUGCACAAAGUGGGUUCGUGAAACUGAAUUCAGUUCUGAAAGUGAUACUCGAUGCCACAGAGCAGAGGCCAUGUGUAUUGCCUGCCAAAUCCCUUGGGUUCUGUGGACGUGUGCUGCUGGGUGCCUGCAGGAACAACCCAGAUAAUUGCCGCUAUAUCUUAUACUCCAAUCUGGCAGGAACUCUGAUUGAUUAUCUCAUGCAGCGACUGAAUGAAUUAGUAAUUGAAACGACAAGAGUGGGAAGCAAUGGCAGUAUAAAUACCAUUGUUAAUCUUCCUUCAGAUGCUGCAAUUGGUGCAAUGUUUGAGGUUCUUGCGGAGAUGGCACAGGUGCUGUGUGACUCUGACUUGAAGUCUGGUUUGUCAUCGCAAAAUCAGUCUCAGAAGGAUCAGGCAGAAACUACCUGGCUAAGAAUACAGGAUGUAGUAAGCUAUUGUGUCAGUGUGGGAUUAGCAGACAAAAUCUCAUGGUACUUCAGCCAUGUGCAGGGGCCUCUGGACAAUGAUGUAGGUGUUGUAGAGAUCAUACUUGCAGCCAUGAGGCACAUCUCUGCACUUGCAAAGUGCCUCUCCUUCAGGUCACUGCCUGACGAUCCUACACAGCUGAUUGGCACUUUGCACGUGACUGAUGCAUGUGGAGUUGUAAGUCUCCUGUAUGGUCUGCUUUUGCAUCAGGGAGGUAGGUCAUCCAUGGCGCAGGCUCCAGCAAAGCUAUCAAAGAUGACAGAGGCACUUACCAUCGAAGCCACAACCUUGCUGCACCAGCUAGCAUCACUGGAUCUGAACAUGUUUCAGGGAAUUUUGGGCAGUGAGGGCAUAUCCCUCGAGUUACGUCAUAUUGCCAGCUACCUCCUUUGGUACUGCUCCCAUUGGCCAUGUGAUGAUAUUCUGCACAAUGUUAUACCUUUAGUGGGAUUCUUUGCUGUUAACAACAAAGAAAAUCAAAUGGUCAUCCAGAGUGGAGAGAUGCCGAGCGUGCUGCAGCAGCUGUGCAACCUCCCAUGGCAGUACUUCAGUGAACCCCGCCUUACAGCCGUGCUCUUCCCAACUCUCCUUGCGUGCAGCCUGGGCAACCAUGACAACAUGCUCAUACUGCAGCAAGAAAUGAGUUUCCAGGUACUCGAAGACUUCCUGCACAACAGCCAAGCUUUAGACAAACCUCUUGUCCAUAUUCUUCGCAGAACCUAUGUCCAAGGUUAAGAAAGUUAGAGAAUGUAGAGUAUUACAUUUACUUGAAUUUGUAUCUUCUUUACAAAUUUUUAUCUUUGUACAACUCGUUACUUUUGUACGCGGUGGAUGGCUUUUAUGUACAUCCCUAGAAAUCUCAAAUAAUCUCAUGAAACCUAUGUGAUUUAAACCCAUAGAGCCUUUUUAUUUAUGUGACAAAACAUACUAUGUGCCAGAUUUUUUUUUCUUCUGUUUUUGCUAGGAAACAUGGACUCAUUCUACACAAGUGAGAAGGAAUCACUGGGGUGUUGUGAUAUGUGGAAUUAUUAUACAGGAAUUCCACCCUGUUACGAGAAAGGGAGAUCUAUUAUGCAGGGAUUCCAUUUCAUUGGGAAAGAGAUCCAUGUUUGGCAUUUUAUGCUUUGUUGUAAUUAGAGUAUUGUUACUCUUUAAGUAAAGAGUUACGUGUUAGUUUUGCCAUUUUAACCCUGAAUUGGGUUGAAAGUUUUCUUUUCUUAUUUUUUCUGCUUAAAUCAGGCAUUUUGAUGAGCUUUGUCAUAAACACUUGCACUACAGGUAUUUGUUAGUGAUAGGCAUGUAAAGGUGAUAAGAAACAUUCCAAAAUUUCAUGGAGAGAAGUGUAGAUUUACCAAGAGCAACAGUUUGCUACUUGCAGAAUUCCUAAACAUUUGUUCCUGCCAUAUAUUACUCUCACAGAUAUUAAUAACAAGUGUGCAUUUAUACUGUUACAGCUAUGAGAGCUUAAUGUUCCAAUAUGUUAACAUGAUUGACAUUUACUGUUCAUAGAUUAACUGAAAUGAAAUAAAUUUCAGGAUUCAUGGAUAUUAUCGUUAAAAGUUAUUACCAAGUUAAUUCCAGUGAAUGAGGAUACUAUGAAAUAAUAUGACUAGUGCCAUUGCGAUGUACCAAGUGUAUCUUGAAGCUUUUACUCUAUACUGUUUACUGAACAUUGCAGUCACUUAGCCAAAAAUAAUAGUAUGUGAUAAUAACUAGUGAAUAGAUAGGCCUUAGGCUAGAUAUGUUGUUGGUUUUCACAAUGUAGACUUUACUAUACAUUGUUGCCUUAAGAUGUUAGUCACACAGUUAUUGUUAUUAUUAUUUUGUUUUCAAGUUGCAAUUUUCAGUAUUUGUGAAUUCCAGGAGAGUCAUAUUUUUAUUUUGUUUCACGUCUCUAGCUGUACCUCAUUUUCUUAAUGAAAAGUUAAAAACAAAAAAUAAAACAAAACACAAUAGCCAAAAAAAAAAAAAAAAAAAAGAUAAUUAGAAAUAUUUGUUGAUUCCCAUGACUUGAAUAUUUCCUUUGUACAUUAUAGUUCUGUAAAUGUGUGAUUAACAUACCUAUGAAAAGCAAGUCUCUGCCUUCUUGUGUGGAUGAGAGUAGAGAGUAAAUGCAUUACAUGCACAAUGGGCAUGAGAUAGAGAUAGCAAUUGCAUGUCUUUCAAAUUUCAUUGCUCUCAGUUAAUACAUUCGGUGAGGCUGCCCUGAAAUAUUGUAUUAACUGCAUAUUAUAUGUAUUGGGAAGUAUAACUGUGGUACAGCAAUACUGAUAAGCAGAGGGGAAACUGAACAAGGCCAGUUCUUGCUGACAGUAAGCAAUGUUUUAACAUUUUCAUAUUCAGAUAUUUCAGUGAAGAAAGAGAUGCAACUGUCUGUGGUAUUCAAGUAAAAUUACAAACUUUUGAGUGUCCUUGCAGGGUUAUUUUUCAUGUAUAUUAUUUUGUGUUUCUGGCUGAAUAUAAUUGUCAUUUCAGUUAGAAAAAUCUGUCAUCAGAGUAUGAGGAAAGUAUAGAAUUCUUCCACACAUAACUUAAAGACUUCCUUUGAUAUGUAUAUGAAUGCAGAGGGCAAGAGUGAUGCAAGAGCGAUGUUUUUACUAACCAGUUAGGGGAUUAUUGCCUACUCAAUGCGCAUAUGGUCUUUAUUCUCUUUAAUUAUUUCUUCUUUUGCUGUCCUGUUAUCCCCACAGAUAUAGGAGUAUCUGUUAAUUGUUAUCAUUAUCAGUAUCAUUAGCAGUAUCAUUAACAUUAUCAUUAUUA